GCGAAGAAACGAAACAGAAAAAGAAAAUGGGGUUUCAAGCUUACUACUUCAAGCCAGGGAAGGUGAAGAAAAAAAAUGAGAGUUGACAAUAAGAUGUUAAGCAACUGCCAUGGGAACCCAUUCACUGAGUUGUAAUCAUGGGGCGCAUGUGGGUGGACAAACUUUAGGUUCCAAGACUGAUGUUUGCACUUGUUGUUCUGUUCCUCUGAUCAGCGAGAAACGAAACAACUGAUUUGCUGUGCUUAAUUUGAAUUCCAGCAGCUGAAUCUGGAUUAAUUGGUCUUGGAAAGACGUUUUUCAUCAUCUUAUCUUUGUAACAAUGGACGGUUUGGGUUGGGAUGGCUCACAAGUUGUAACAAACGCACCAUCCUUGUGGAGUAAUCAUCAGCAACAUGUUGAAGAAACCUUUGUUUUGUCCAGCUCAUCAAACGCCAGCGUUUUACAUCCAAUCGAGGAGCUGCAAAAGGGUCAAACAUCUCAUGUUUAUGCAAAUUCUGGAAGAUUUGACUCCAACAUCAUGAUCAUGAACCCGUUGAGUAGCUUCAUGGCUGAUUUCAGCAUGGCAAAACAAUCACAAGAGGUCAACGGCUUACAAACUGGCAAGGCUCCGGUAACAACAUGCUCUCUCGAGUCUCUGGAUUGCUUGCUCUCGGCUGCCAAUAGCAAAUCAGACACGUCGGGGGAAGAUGACGGGAUUUCCAUGAUUUUCUCCAACUGUAGAAACUUAUGGAACUUCGGUUCUGGCGGCAGCGCAGUUUCAUCAGGAGAAUCCGAGACAGUGUCUCAAAGUUCCUCGGAUCUUUAUGUCAACCACGGGAAAUUUCAAGUAUCCAACACUGUUUCUACGAAGAGAAACAAUGUUCAAGCUGAUCAUUAUGGUACUACAGAAGGUGGUUUUAAAAUCAUUUCUGAGAAUCCGCCAAAACAGAAGAAACCCAGAUCAGAGAAGAGUCCGAGGACAUCCAACAUCAACUUCCAACAGUCCAAUUCAUCGGUGUCCUCUUCCAUGGAGGAGCCCGAUCCAGAGGCCAUUGCACAGAUGAAGGAGAUGAUUUAUCGGGCGGCGGCUUUCAGACCAGUGAACUUAGCUUUGGAGGUGGCGGAGAAGCCGAGGAGGAAGAAUGUGAGAAUAUCAAUGGAUCCACAAACUGUGGCUGCAAGGCAAAGGAGGGAGAGGAUUAGUGAGAGAAUUAGGGUUUUGCAGAGGCUGGUUCCUGGUGGGAGCAAGAUGGACACUGCAUCAAUGCUUGAUGAGGCUGCAAACUACCUCAAGUUUCUCAAGUCACAAGUCAAAGCACUAGAAAAUCUUGGCCACAAACUUGACUCAAUCAAUUGUCCCCCUACAGACUUGGCUUUUUCUUUCAACCCAUCUUUUCCCAUGCAAAUCCAUUUCCCACUCCAAAACCCUAACAAUAUCCACCAUUCACCCAAUUGAAAAAAAAUUGAGUAAAUUCUGUUUAGUAGACUCUUAUACAAUUGAGAUUAAGUGACAGCGAUUGAUUAGCAAGGGCUUUGUAAGAAAAAAAUCA